AUGGCGCACCGGGGGCCUCCGCGCGCCCCGAAGGGCCCCGGCCCCGCCGCCCGAGCCCCGAGCCCCGCGGCGCCGCCGCCGCCGCGCUCGCGGCCGCUCCUGCCGCCGCUGCUGCUGCUGCUGCUGGUCGCCUGCGGGGCGGCGGGGCGCUCCCCCGAGCCCGGGCGCCUGGGUCCCCGCGCCCGGCUGAGCCGGCUGCCGCGGAGCCCGCCCGCGGGGCGUGCGGAGCCCGGCAGCGGCGACGACCGGCAGGCGCGCGGCGUGGAGCCCGGCGCUCCAGGUCCCGGUCCCGGUCCCGCUCCGGGUCCCGGCGAGGACGGCGCCCCCGCCGCGGGCCAGGGGCGCUGGGCGCGGGCGGCGCCGGUGGCCGGAGCGACUUCGCGGGCGCAGGUCUCGCUCAUCAGCACGUCGUUCGUGCUCAAGGGGGACGCGACACACAACCAGGCGAUGGUGCACUGGACGGGCGAGAACAGCAGCGUGAUCUUGAUCCUGACGAAGUAUUACCAUGCAGACAUGGGGAAGGUUCUGGAAAGUUCUCUGUGGCGGUCGUCAGAUUUUGGGACAUCCUACACCAAGCUCACUCUCCAGCCCGGCGUCACCACUAUUGUCGACAACUUCUACAUCUGCCCGGCCAACAAGAGAAAGAUCAUCCUGGUGAGCUCUUCGCUCAGCGAGCGCGACCAGAGCCUCUUCCUCAGCACGGACGAAGGUGCCACCUUUCAGAAGCAGCUCGUCCCCUUCUUUGUGGAAUCUCUGAUUUUCCACCCCAAGGAGGAGGACAAGGUCCUGGCCUACAGCAGAGAGAGCAAGCUCUAUGUAUCAUCUGACCUGGGGAAGAAGUGGACGCUUCUGCAGGAGCGAGUGACCAAAGACCAGGUGUUCUGGGCUGUGUCUGGGGUGGAUGCUGACCCAGAUUUGGUCCACGUGGAAGCCCAGGACCUCAGUGGAGGUUUUCGGUAUGUCACCUGCCAGAUCCACAAUUGCUCUGAUAAGACACUAACAGCCCCGUUCGCAGGCCCCAUUGACCACGGCUCUCUGACCGUGCAGGACGAUUACAUCUUCUUUAAGGCAACCUCAACAAACCGGACCAAGUACUAUGUCUCUUAUCGUCGUGGUGAAUUUGUCCUGAUGAAGCUGCCGAAGUAUGCACUGCCAAAGGACCUGCAGAUCAUCAGCACGGAUGAGAACCAGGUGUUCGUGGCAGUGCAGGAGUGGUACCAGGCAGACACCUACAACCUGUACCAGUCCGACCCGCGUGGGGAGCGCUACACGCUGGUGCUGGAGAACGUGCGCAGCUCGCGGCAGGCCGAGGAGACUGUGGUCAUCGAUGUCCUCGAGGUCAGAGGGGUGAAAGGGGUCUUCCUGGCGAACCAAAAAAUUGAUGGGAAGGUGAUGACACUUAUAACCUACAACAAGGGCCGUGACUGGGAUUAUCUGAGGCCACCCAACAUGGACAUGAAUGGAAAACCGACCAACUGCAAGCCUCCGGACUGCCACCUGCACCUGCACCUGCGCUGGGCAGACAACCCCUAUGUCUCGGGCACCGUGCAUACCAAGGACACUGCCCCUGGCCUCAUCAUGGGUGCAGGUAACCUGGGCUCCCAGCUGGUGGAGUACAAAGAAGAAAUGUACAUCACGUCGGACUGCGGGCGCACCUGGCGGCAGGUGUUCGAGGAGGAGCACCACAUCCUCUACCUGGACCACGGCGGCGUGAUUGUGGCCAUCAAGGACACCUCCAUCCCCCUGAAGAUCCUCAAGUUCAGCGUGGAUGAGGGCCUCACCUGGAGCACGCACAACUUUACCAGCACCUCGGUGUUCGUGGACGGGCUGCUGAGUGAGCCAGGGGACGAGACGCUGGUCAUGACGAUCUUCGGCCACAUCAGCUUCCGCUCCGACUGGGAGCUCGUCAAGGUGGACUUCCGGCCCCCGUUCUCCAGGCAGUGUGGCGAGGAAGACUACAGCUCCUGGGACCUCACCGACCUUCAGGGUGACCGUUGCAUCAUGGGCCAGCAAAGAAGUUUCCGGAAGAGAAAGCCCACGUCCUGGUGCAUCAACGGGAGGAGCUUCACGUCGGCACUCGUGUCGCAUGUGUGCGAGUGCCGGGACUCGGACUUCCUCUGUGACUAUGGAUUUGAGCGCUCCCCCUCCUCAGAGUCCGACACCAGCAAGUGCUCUGCCAACUUCUGGUUUAACCCACUGUCCCCUCCAGAUGACUGUGCCCUGGGCCAGACCUACACCAGCAGCCUGGGGUACCGGAAGGUAGUGUCCAGUGUGUGCAAGGGUGGCGUGGACCUGCAGCAGAGCCCGGUGCAGCUCCAGUGCCCCCUCACACCACCCCGGGGCCUGCAGGUCAGCAUCCAUGGCCAAGCGGUGGCUGUGCGGCCCGGAGAGGACGUCCUGUUCGUGGUGCAGCAGGAGCAGGGUGAUUUCCUGACCACAAAGUACCAAGUGGACCUUGGGGAUGGUUUCAAGGCCAUGUAUGUGAACCUCACGCUGACCGGGGAACCCAUCCGGCACCGCUACAAGAGCCCCGGCGUCUACCGCGUGUCUGUCAGGGCAGAGAACAUGGCAGGACACGAUGAGGCAGUGCUCUUUGUCCAGGUCAACUCUCCUCUACAGGCCCUCUACCUGGAGGUGGUUCCUGUCAUUGGCAUCAACCAGGAGGUGAACCUCACAGCUGUGCUAUUGCCCUUGAACCCCAACCUCACUGUUUUCUACUGGUGGAUCGGCCACAGCCUGCAGCCCCACCUCUCCCUGGAUAACUCUGUGACGACGCAAUUUGAGGAUGCAGGGGAUGUGCGUGUGACGGUGCAGGCCGCUUGUGGGAACUCGGUGCUGCAGGACUCCAGAGUCAUCCGCGUGCUGGACCAGUUCCAGCUCGUGCCUCUGCAGUUUUCCAAAGACCUGGAUGCUUACAACCCCAGCACCCCUGAGUGGAGGGAGGACGUCGGCCUGGUGGUCACCCGGCUCCUCUCCAAGGAGGCCAGCGUCCCUGAGGAGCUGCUGGUGACUGUGGUGAAGCCGGGGCUGCCCACCCUGGCUGACCUGUAUGUGCUCCUGCCCCCUUCCAGGCCCACGAGGAAGAGGAGCCUCACAAGUGACAAGAGACUCAUGGCCAUCCAGCAGGUGCUGAAUUCACAGAAGAUCAGCUUCCUCUUGCGAGGCGGGGUCCGGGUCCUGGUGGCCCUGAGGGACGCAGAUGCAGGUUCUCAGAGGCUGGGAGCAGCAGGCGGCUACUGGGCGGUGGCAGUCCUCUUUGUCAUUGGCCUCUUUGCGGUGGGAGUGUUCAUCCUCUACAAGUUCAAAAGGAAACGCCCCGGCAGGACCGUGUACGCCCAGAUGCACAACGAGAAGGAGCAGGAGAUGACGAGCCCUGUGAGCCACAGUGACGACGUCCAGAGUGUCAUCCAAGGCAACCACUCGGGCGUGGUCCUGAGCAUCAACGCCCGGGAGAUGCACAGCUACCUGGUGAGCUGAGGCCGCGCGCCCGCCCCGGGGCACGCUCCUUCCGUCCUCCCCGCGUGGAGGGCACAGACCACAGCGACGCCGGCGGCUGCGACGACCUCCCCCCCGAGACCUGCGGAAAGCCACCCUCGGCUGCCCCGUCCUCUGUGCAGCCCCCACCCACCCCGGCCCUGGGCAGGCGUCUGUCCCGCUGCCCCGGCUCAGACACUGCACCUGUCCCGCGGAGGGCACGUCCUUCCCGACGUGGCUUUCUCCGCCCGCGCCUGCACGGCCUCCCACCGCCACCCUCCAGGCCACCUCGCUGU